ACUGCAAGUUUAGCUGCAAGAUUGGACCACAGAGUAGCAUAGCCUAUAUAAAUUCCUUGGACAUAUUCCCUGUUCUUUAGGCUUACCUCAUUUCUCUUUUAGCUUUAUCUCGUGUUGAAUUUUCAGCCCCAGUUUGUUGCAAACGUUGCGCUCUAUGCGGUAGGCUACCUCAAAGAUGUUUCGCUUUUUCAAUAUUCUGCCAGCCCCCCUGCAGAUGUGCGUGAGAUCAAUUUGCAUUCACCCCGUCUCCGACGUUACUGAGGAGGAGAAAAGGGCGAAAAUUCAAAACUCUAAAAUAGAAAGAGAUUUGUUCGAGCAAGCGAAACUUGAGGUGAACGUGAUCAAAAUAUUGCUGCUUGGUGCUGCAGAGAGUGGUAAGAGUACCAUGGUCAAGCAGAUGAAGGUAAUCCACAGUCAUGGCUUCUCCAAACCAGAGCUAAUUAGCUUCAAGGCUGCAGUGCUGGAUAACCUCCUGACCUCCAUGAAGUUUGUGCUGCGCGGCAUGGGACUGCUGCGGAUUAAUCUGGCCAACAAGAAAAACAAGGCCCAUGCCCGCUCUGUGCUGUCCUGUGGCCAGUGUUUUGGGGAGGACGGGGAGCUGCUGCCGUUUGUGGCCCUGUCUUUCUGUGCUCUCUGGGCCGACCAGGGUGUGAGAGCUGCAGCCGCCAGGGGCUACGAGUUCCAACUCAACGACUCUGCGCUCUAUUUCUUUGAGAACAUAAGUCGGAUCAUCGCUCCCAAAUACAUUCCCACUGAGGUGGACGUACUGCGGGUGAGAGUGCGAACCUCCGGAAUCAUCGAGACUCGGUUUCCAGCCAAUCACAUGGUUUUCAGGAUGUAUGAAGUUGGUGGCCAGCGGACCAAGAGGAGGAAGUGGCUCAGCUACUUUGACUGUGUCCGGGCCGUGCUGUUUGUUGUGGCGCUCAGUGGCUACGACAUGACCCUGAUGGAGGACCGCUCUAUGAACCGGCUACAAGAGAGCCUUGAACUCUUUACAUCCAUCUGCACUAACACAGUUUUCAGAAGUACCUCAUUGAUUCUGUUAAUGAACAAAAGUGACCUCUUCCAGGAGAAGAUCUUAAACUCAGGAAGGCACUUGCGACUCUACCUCCCUAGUUACAAAGGAGCCGACUGGGAUGUGGAUGCUGCCGCGCGUCACAUCACUGCCAUGUUUGUGGCCUGCAACAGGACCCCCAACAAGCUGGUCUACCACCACUACACCACCGCCACGGACACCCACAACGUACAGGUGGUCUUCCACGUCGUCAUGGACACCAUCAUCAAGGAGAACCUGGAGGUGGUCUCAUUGCUAUAAGACCUGACCUGGGUCCAUUGACUGCAACAGUGCCUUAACGACACUUUCUAGAUUUUAUUGAUGUCAUUGUGUUUGUGUGCAUUUCUUUUUACUGUUAUGAUCUGUAAAACCAACUUAAUUUAGUUGCUCAGGACAUUCAAAGCUAUAUCCUUUAGUUAAUUAUUAUUGCCAUCAUGGAUUUAAAGGACUGAGCUAAGUUAA